CUUGAACUUGACCACAAACAUGCUCUUUUUCCACACACUCAUAGUUUCUCAGAAAACUGUAGCUCACUGACUUCUGACUCACUGACAAUGCUCCACCUUUUUCGGUAAGUGAUUACAAAACCAUACAACCCCUGACCUCUUCUAGAUCAGGCCUUGCACAAAACUAUAAAACGAGCAUCAGCAAUGAAUCAAAAAAGAAGUUCAGAACUUGUACGAGCUGUCCAGCUGUCUCUGGAAAGCAAAUACACAAGUCAACUGAUUAAAAGUGUUUCGGGAGACACUGCACAGAUGUCAUCUGCCUGUGCUCACCAGUCACAAAUCGUCAUGGAACCGAUAACAACCAGAAAGGUGUUUGUGAUCUACACGGGCGGCACUAUUGCAAUGUUGGAGAAUGACGAAGGCAAUCUAGCGCCGGUGAGCAAGGAAGUCCUGACAGACUGGCUGUUCCGCCAUUUGUUGCUGUAUGAGAAGAGACCCAACGAGACUGAGGAGCAGGCUCGAGAACGGCUAACAGUCGAAGAUGGCUGGUUGCUGCUGCACCAAAAGGCUGUGGAUAACUACAACAAAGAUUUCAAGGUUCUGUACCAAAUUGAGAGUCUGGAUCCGCCCAUUGACUCCUCCAACAUGACCCCCUCCCAAUGGUUUGAAAUCGGAGACAAAAUUCUGGCGGCGAAGGAUGACUAUGAUGGCUUUGUCAUCCUCCAUGGGACCGAUACAAUGGCCUACACAUCCUCUGCUCUGUCCUUCAUCCUGUGGGACCUGAAGAAGCCGGUCAUCCUGACAGGAUCCCAGACGCCGUUAUUUUACCCACGCAGCAAUGCUGAAGACAACUUCAUCGGAGCUUUACUGAUGGCCAGCUGCUACUCAAAAAAUCAAUUUCUGCAACAGGUGAUGAUCUAUGAUGACACCAAGCUGUAUCAAGGCAACAGGGUGUGCAAGUACGACUGUGACUCCUUCAGUGUGUACGACAGCCCCAACGCUGAACCCCUGGCCAGGCUGGAGACUCGAAUCAAGGUGCGAGAAUGCAAGCCCAUUUCGGAGCCCAAAGAGCUCAGAGUCAGAGCCUCCAUAUCUGGAUUCCCCGAUGUAAGGUUGCUGAAGGUCUUCCCAGGGAUUAAGGCUGAAUAUGUCACAUCUAUUCUGAAUGGGGCACAUGGUCUCAUCCUUGAAACCUUUGGUUCAGGCAAUGCACCGGAUGACCCCCAUCUGAUCGCUGCCCUGAAGGAUGCCGAUGAGAGGGGUGUGGUCAUUCUGAACUGUACCCAGGUCUACAAGGGCACUGUGCUGCCCAUCUAUGAUGUUUCCUCGGAACUGAGGGAGGCAGUUGUGUCUGGGUAUGACAUCACCCCUGAAGCGGCCCUGGCCAAAAUGGUCUGGACCCUGAGAACUUUCCCCGACCAAAAGACAAGGAAGGCGGUGUUGGAAGCCAGUAUCUGUGGAGAGACAAGUGCACCUCCAGCCAAACUGAUAUUUGUGUAAAAUCUGAAGAUGGACGACCUGGAUCCCAAACACAACCUUCCGGCAUUAAUCUCACUGAGGUCACUCUUUAACCUAGAAUGAAAUACUCUGAUCUUACCUGUAUGUCCUGCUCUCUCUCUCUCUCUCUCUCUCUCUCUCUCUCUCUCUCUCUCUCUCUCUGUGCAAUCACAGACACAUCAGCUGUCCUACUGAAACGCAAAAAUAGACAGUAAAAAGAUCAUAAUAAUCUUAAUAAUGAUAUUGACAUCAUACCAGCAACAUUACAAAAACGGACACAUUUCACUGCAGUUUCGAUGUCUGUGUUAGUAUAAAUAUAAUAUGUGUUGUUGAAAAAGCAGCAGAAAGGUGGACCCGCCAGCCAGGACAACAAUCCCUAUGUAUGUUAGGCUGGAGUCAUGUUUAACAAACAUAUAUAAAAUAUGCUUACUGAUAACUGCUUGAAGAGUGAAAUAGGCAUAAAAUGCUGUGUGAUGAUAUACUUAACUGCUUGAAGAGUGAAAUAGGCAUAAGAUGCUGUGUGAUGAUAUACUUAACUGCUUGAAGAGUGAAAUAAGCAUAAAAUGCUGUGUGAUGAUAUACUUAUAUACUGUGUGAAAUGGGCUUACAUACUAUGUAAAGAGGGUUUUCGUGUGAACACCUGUUAUAGAACAAUGUUUGUGUUUAAGCGUGUGGAAAACAUUUUUGAGCGUUUGUUGAAAUGUGCAAGACAGAGAAAAACAGGAAAUGAGCCAUAGAGACGCAUAUGUGUAGGGUGAGAACAUGUAUGCAACAAGGGAAAGGCAUUAAGCGACCAACUGAAAGAUUGAUGACCAAAUAUGGUAAAUAAACUGUAACUUGCAGGAAGCAGGAGGUAAUAAAAGGGA